AUGAUGUCUCACGACAAUUCCAUCGAGUGCUUGCCAAAUGAAAUUCUUACCUCUAUUUUAUCCCUCCUCUUGACCAAGGAAUUGCUCUCUAUCACCUCUGUUAACCGCCGCAUUUACUACCUAGCCACUCGUCUCCUCCACCAACGCCUCAUCCAAGCUGCCCCUCUUCCCGAUAACAAACUCAUCCUGGAGUGUUAUCACCCAAGUGACCAGCUGUACACUCCCUACUUAGCAUGUCGCUACCAGCAUACUCUGGCUCGGGAUGGUCCUCCUGUCUAUGAAGACGCCCCUGAGCUGGCUGAUCUGCGGCGCCUAUAUGCUUCUUUCAAACCAGUCUUCGCGCCAGAGAAUCGAACUGCCAGAAGGGGUCGGAGACGUCGUACUGAAGCGCAACCCUCUGACAAUGUUGAGGAUGACACUGCUACCCAGGACAUAAAUCUCGACGACGGAGAGUUGUUCUCUCAGUUAUGUGCUGUGACCAAUCUCGUCAAAGAGGGCCGAAGAAGUGGAUUGUUUAUAAGCCACGUUAAUAUCGUUGACGGAGUGGUGCGUGUUUUUAGGAAAUGGCUUGCUGAGAUGGCCAGUAAGCGACGCCCAUCUUAUGCCAAUUCAGAAAACAUCAUCUGGGUUGGAAAGCACAAUAAUGUCGGGUUACGAUUCAGCGUUGCCCCUGCGCCAUCAGAGACAAUGCCUCUUAUCUCGGGGCCGGGAGAUGACCUUCCAGUUCACUACAAGCUGAUAUAUGAAGAAUUGCUUGUCAGGGCGAGUAGUCUUCUCAACGCCGUGGAGCAAUCUAAUGUGCAAGAAACUGGAGGCUCAGGCAAGACCCUAGUGAUUCACGGAGCUGCUAUGUAG